GGAGAGAAAAAUCAUCGAGAAAUGAAUCUGUCUAUGGUUGUACUGCUGUUCGUGUUCUCUGGAUUCGUUUCAGGAACAGAAGAAGAAUUUUAUUCGGAUACAUAUGAUAAUGUGGAUAUAGACGCAAUUCUCGGCAACGAACGUCUCGUGAAACAAUAUAUGAAUUGCAUUCUUGACAAAGGCUCUUGCACUGCCGAUGGACGCAGUCUGAGACGUAUACUCCCAGAUGCAUUAGCAACAACUUGCAAAAAAUGCAAUCAGAGACAGAGAGAGAUCGCGAGAAAAAUAGGAAAUUAUUUGAAAACUAAUCGACCGGAAGAGUGGGCGGAGUUUGUCAGAAAGUUCGAUCCUAACAAUCAGUAUAUUGUACCUUUUGAUCGAUUUCUGGCAAAAGUAGAAUAAUGAUUCUUGUAUUG